UUCGCCAACUCUUCACGAUAAAAAUGUUACACUUUAGUAGAAAAUAUAUCGUAAUAUAGUUAUAAUGACAAUAUAUUCAUAAAAAACAUUGCUGUAUGAGGUGCGGACAUCAGACCACUUUCUUCCAACGGACACACCUACUUUUUUUUAUCCAGCCCACGUCGGACUUGCUCAGCACCACCACAUAUAAUACUAUGUGCGCGCCACUUGAAGUCUUGAUUUUUGAGUAUAUUAAGAGAGUUUUGUUUCAGUUGUUUUAAUGCUCAACUUUCGAUAUCAAAUGUGCAAAACAGAAGGAAGUAAAUGCUUUUGUUAGCAUUCGUUUAUUGUAAUUGUUAGCAGUCAUCUAUUGAAAUAGUGCAAAUUCGAAUGUUUUAUCGUUGGAUACACUCGAAUCGGACGUGUGGUGAAAUCUAAUUCCUCCAGAUCUUGAAAUUUUCAAUUUGAUCUGUAAUUUUUUUUCACAUCACAAUGGACGCAGAUCGUUUGAACACAUCGCGCGGAGGAAGUGCAUUGAGAGGAUCACGAAGAAAAUCUCUACGAAUGACCCACUGGACUGAUGGAUUCAAUCAAUCUUUACAAGACACUUUGGAAAUGUUUAUCAAUCGUGGUUGGGAACUCUUCCAGUGCAGUCCUUUGUUUGGAUAUAGCACACAAGAAAACCCGAGUAAAUAUACCUUGACACUUCGAAAUCAUUGUGCUCAAAUGGACGAAGAGGAUGAGGAUGUUGAAUACAAGGUGCAAUUCAACUGUAUGGAUAAAGUUGGUUAUAGAGGACUUGAUACAAUUAUCAAGGUGGAGGUUCGGAAAGUAAACGAAGAAGAAGAAGAUAUACAAAUUUAUUUAGGAUAUUUUAUGUCUUGGGGAACUAGAAAAUUCUCUUCUGAAUUUUAUGUUGUCCCCUUGUUGCUGUUUAGAGCAAAAACCACCAAGAUCAGAAACCACAUUCAUACAGGAUUUAGAAAAAUGUUUGACUGUAUAAUUGAACCAUAUUUUCUUGGAGAUAUUCAGCUUAUAUGGCUGAAUAGUCUAUUUGUUAGCGUUUCAAAAGAUGCUCGAGAUGAACGCAGUAAUGUUGUUAGAUUCACUUUGCUCCCUACAUGGACAAAUCAAGACAAGUUAGAAUUGUUCGUGUCUUUAUCUGAUCUUAGGAAAGUCUGGGCAAGAAUUCGUUCAACAAACGAUACAAUAUUUUAUGAAGAAUCAAGAAGGCUGUACGGGGGUUUAAUAAGGAGUAUUUCAGAGAAGCUGGGCAUCAAUUUAAGUGGAUUCAGAAUUUAUGAAAUUAAGUAUCCUGAUGUUACAAUAAAGUCAUCGGGGAAGCUUGCUUGUAGAAAUGUAGAAACUUUGCAUGAACUUCUUACAUUUUUAUUCAAUGAAAAGGCACGUGCGAUUUAUGUAGUAGAUGGCAGCUUUUGGGAGGAUUCUGACGAAGAGUUGUAAGUGCAUGAAUUAAUCUCAAAUAUUCGAGUUUUAGUUUUAACUGUUCUUUUAAUUAAGUGUAUAUUAAUAUUAGUUGUAUAGUCGUGUACAGUACUGUAUAUUCAUUAUAACAAUUGUAAGGUAAUUUUGAAUAUAAUAUAAUGGUUAUUCAUUUUUUACAUUUAAUGCAUCAAUAAAAAUUGUUUAAAAUUGA